AUGUGGGUCAUCAAUGCUGUGGUUGCAUGUUGUGCAGCCCAACUUGACGGAAGGUUUUCGUUUCUGUCUUAUUACUACAGAGCAUAUUUUCGAAUUAAUCUUGUAGGUCAUUACGGCUAUAUUGCUGAUGAAUACGAACGGCACGUUAUAUUACGCGGUGUAAAUGUUGAAACCGAACAGAGAAAUAUUCCAGAUGAUCAAGAUCGACCUAUUGAUCCUCUGUUGUACAAAGGACAAUGCCCGGUGAACAAAGUUGUCUACCAAGAACCACCGACAUGCGGGAUAGAUUAUGGCAAAGGAAUGUAUAAUAUGAGUGACGACUGGAAUAGUCAUAAUGAUUUUGCGCAAAUCAGAAAAUGGGGCUUGAACGUUAUUCGAUUAUGUUUAAGUUGGAGUGCACUAGAACCAACACCGGGAACUUAUAAUGAAAUGUAUUUACAACGCGUUGAACAGAUUGUUGAAUGGGCAGCUGAACAACAAGUGUAUGUAAUACUCGACAUGCACGAAGAUCUCUAUUCUCGUUACAUCAUUGGUGACCGAGAGCAUGAAAUUCCACCUUACUUAACUGCAUCCGACGGGCAAGAUGGUGCUCCGCAAUGGGCUGUAAUGACGGAUGACUGGCCAGCAUUGGCAUUGCUUGGUAUUGGAAAUCUGAAUUUAGCAAUGAUGCGAGCAUUUGAUCACUUUUACAAUAAUUCUAUUCCACCAAAUAUAACACAGGGAAAUGCACCUGGUCCUGGUUUACAAGAUCACUACAUCGGAGCAAUUGCAUCGCUCGCAAAACGAUUCGUUAAUAACAGUGCUGUUCUCGGUUAUGAAAUUAUGAACGAACCUCAACCUGGUACUCAUUCUAAUCAACAUACAUUUUCCAGUGAUUAUUUGUAUCCAUUCUACAAGCGUGUGAUUCAAGCGAUAACAGGUGUUCGCGAUAACUUACCUGAUUGUCCAAAAAAUGCACCAACAGGAACGAACUGUGCUUAUCCGAAUUUAGGAAUCAACGAUCAACAUCAUUUAUUCUUCGUAGAACCAACUGCUGUACGAAAUCUCUUAGAUUUCUCUCCUCAGAAUUCAGUGCCGUUUACAUCCUACACCAACGUUGUCUAUGCACCUCAUGUCUACACGCACGUGUUCACUAUUGAUGCAGUUCUACACUUAAAUCAAUCAGAAUAUCCACCAUCAUUCGAUUAUGCGUAUGAUACGGCGUUAAACGAAUCGGUUGGCUUACGAACUGCGAUUCUCGUAACUGAAUUUGGCUGUGGAGCAAAUGAUGACGAACGUUUAUUAGUUCCCACAGUCGAAUCUCAAGACAGAGCAAUGGUAUCGGCAGCAAUCUGGCCGUGGAAAAACAAUUGCUUCCAAGCAGGUUGUGAGACAAGCUGGAGUUUAUACGAUUCAGGUAUAUCGAAUGGAACAGUUGCAAAUCAGAAUGGUCCUGAACGUCCCAACCGUGUUCGAAUCAUCUCUCGCAUACAUCCACGAGGCGUCAUCGGACAAUUGAAGCAAUAUUUUUAUAACACAACCACAUCGUCAUUCUAUAUGACUGUUAACUGCAUAAAUCGAACAUCGUUAGCAUUGAGUGAUGAAACGCUGGUGUACAUUCCCAAACGAUUGAAUAUAUCAACUAUUAACAUAACAGGAGAAGCGAAAUUAAAAACUGUAAUGAAUAACCCCGAUGGAAGCCGAUUGGUCGUGAUCAACCCAACGUGUAAUGGACGAUAUGAUGUUUUCGUUGCAAAUAGUACAGACGAAAUCAAUGAAUUGCAUGAACACAUAAUCUCGAAUGAUUUUUCCGACGUUAAAUUGAUCGAUCAUCAUGCGAUAAAGUCAUCAAAAAUAAGAACAUAUGAAUUGUUUCAAUUUUUACAUUCAACUGCUGUUAAAAUCGGUCAAAGCUUCGCUGCUCUCUCUUCCAAAUCUAUCAAUAAAUUCAAGGCGGUUCAAAAGGCUGUGGAAAUCAAUACACGAGAUUUUCAAUUACAACUGAACCAGUUUCGUAAUUAA